ACCAACAGUAAUUGACUGCAUUCAUUUAUAUCUUUAUAACUUAUAAUCACUGUUCUUUCUCUUCUCCAUCGCUCAGUGAACGAUUGGGCCAACAGCAGCACAUCGGUAGUGUUGGAGCAGUCCUGGACAAGGGUUGAGAGGUCAGUGCUGGUGACAGUUCUGAGCGUGGAGAUGGUGCUGGGGGUCAUUGGGAACUGUCUGGUACUACUGGUAAAAAUCAUGUGUAGGGAUCAGUUUCCCUGUAGAUACUGGGUCCCCUUCAUCAGUCUGACCCUCUCCGACCUUGGCUCCUCCCUGCUCAUCAUCUCUGGCUCCCUAUUGGCUAUGUUGACUAAGGGUCAGAGGUCACCAUGGUGCGAGGUCGUCAGCUUGCUCAAAUUCGCCUUCAUCACUUCCUCUAUUGGAAGCAUAGCGAUUCUCUGCGUACAGCGAGCCAAGGGCGUGGCCUCCACAGGAAGAGGCGCCUCUGUUGUUGUGGCUCUGGCUUGCCUGGCUUCCUGGUUGACAGGGGUGGUGUUUGGGAGCAUCCCUGUGGUCUACAACUGGAUCAGGUACGACCCUGCAGAGAUGCUGUGUGCAGUGUUCUGGGAGAGCAGUUACUCUGACAUGCUGGUCUAUAUCCUCUGUGCUUUCUCCAUCUGCAUAUUCCUCCCCUUCCUCCUCAUCCUCUUCUGCUCUCUCUUCACCGCUGCUUGCUGCGGGAGGUACUGCGACAGUGACCCAGAUGACCUCUCCUCUGUCACUCCUCUGAUUGUGGCCUUGUACCUGUUCUGCUACACUCCCUUCGCUGUGUCUGAGCUGAUUCUUCUUGGAAAACUGGACCUAUCCCCUGCACCUGAUUGGCUGAGAACUCUGUCAUCAGUGAUGUCCUACCUAGACUGCGGGUUGAACCCCAUCAUCUACUGUGCCAACCAGGACUUCCGGGAGGCGGGACUUGCUCUGUUCUGGACCAGUAGGAAGUUAUUAUUCUCUGAGCCUGUGCUGACAAGCAUGACAAAGUUGGAAUUGUAAAGAUUGACCACAAAAUAAAUUAUGUAAAGUUGGUGGCUAAAAGAUUUCUCAUAAAACAGUUAUAAUUCCUCCAAUUUGUGAUAUUAUGACAAUGAUUGUUUUGACAUAUUUACACAUUUGUUGGAAAUAUAUGUUGCACUGAUGUUGAUUUCUUAUGAGAUUAGAUGUUAACAAACGAGAUGUACAAAGAAAAAACAAAUAUAUCUUCAUCAGUCUUAAA